AGACAAUAUUCCUAAGCAAACUCUCGAAUAAAAGUGGAAAAUAAAAUAGUGAAACGAAAUCAGAAAUGAACACUUUAUUGUUGAAACCCUGCUGCUUCAUUGUUAUCUUCGCUUUGAUCAUCAUCGCCAUGGCCGAUUCAGCACCCAAAUCCAUCGCCUCCGAUUCUUCUUCUUCUGCUCCUGCAGUUCACAUCAUAUACACCGAGAAGCCACAGGAAGAGGAACCUGAGACUUACCACAUCCGAACCCUCACUGCGGUUCUCGGCAGUGAGGAUGCUGCAAAGGAGGCUUUGUUGUAUAGUUAUAAGUCUGCAGCAAGUGGCUUCUCUGCUAAGCUUACUCCUGAACAGGUUGCUCAGAUUUCAAAACAACCAGGUGUUCUUCAAGUUGUUCCAAGCCAGACAGUUCAGCUCCAUUCAGGACCAAAUAAGCUGCACUAGAGAUUUUAUCUUCAUUUGAAGAUGUAUGUGGCCUGAAACUGUUAACAUAUAUCUUGUAUAAACUCACCCAAAAAUAUUAUCUACACCAUAUGUAUAAACAAGUUUGGCAGACUGCGCUUAUGACAAUAAUAAAUAUGGGUUUAUAAUA